UAGUGUGUUGAAACAUAGUCCUAUAGUUAAGGGCUGUUUAAACUUAAACAACAACAAAAAUGAGCAGAUGUUGCUGUGUCAUUGUGAGAAUUAUAAUUAUUGAUAGAGGGCUAGAGGUGGUGUUGAAGUGCUUCUUUAAGCCCUAAUUAAGAGGACUACGUAAAUAUGGCAUUAAGGAGGAGUAAUGAAGACAUGCCUCGCCAGUUCCCAAAGGUGACCCUGAGUGAGGCAGCGAAGAAGACACAGCUACUGGCUGAGAAGGUUUACGCUUCAGCACUGAAAGAAGAAGACAACAAGGAUGCCCUGUCAAUGUUCACUGUGCCUGAGGACUGCCCAAUCGGCCUGCAGCAAGCUAAAGAACACGAGCUGCUUAAGGACCUGGCAGAGCAGCAGUCAGAGGAGAGUGUCAAGAGGAGAAAAAGCUUGAGGCUUAUCCGCUCCAAGUCACUGUCCCUGCAGAUCCCAGCAAAUACAGAUUAUCCAGAUUCCAGGACAGAGACACCAUCAAUUUCUACUAGCUCCACCUUUUCAUCGGUUUCUGAAAGCUGUCCUGAUUUCCAGAGAGUUACUAUUAGUGGUGAUUACUGCGCUGGAGUCACAGUGGACGAUUACGAGCAGGCAGCCAAAAGUCUGUUUAAUGCUCUGCUGCUAAGAGAGAAGUAUUCAAAGCUUGCCUAUCACAGAUUCUGCAGAACAACAAGUCAAUUCCUCCGCAGCGCUGAGAACAUCCGAUGGGACGUAGAUGACGAAGUUUUGCCUGACACAUCCCCAUGCCCUGCAGAAGAUGAGGAUCCGUAUAGCAUGGACAACAUCCCUGAAAACCUGAACUAUGAGCUGAAGAUGAUUGAUGGGAUUGUGUACGUAUAUGGUAGUGCAGAAAGACUUCAAAUGGAACGCCCUAAUGAUCUUCCUUACCCAGACUUAGAGACCUUUGCUAUAGAUCUCAGUCAUGUUCUGGCAAUGAUCGCUGAUGGACCCACUAAGACCUACUGUCACAGAAGACUAAACUUCUUGAGUUCAAAGUUUCAUCUCCAUGAGAUGCUCAAUGAGAUAGCUGAGCUAAAGGAGCUGAAACGUGUGCCUCACAGAGACUUUUACAAUGUUAGAAAGGUUGACACACACAUCCAUGCAGCUGCAUGCAUGUCUCAGAAACACCUGCUAACCUUCAUCCAGGAACGGUACAAGACUGAUAAAGACCGAGUGGUCUUGGAAAAAAAUGGACAAGAGAUGACCCUGCAGGAGGUUUUCCACUAUCUCAACAUGGAUGCUUAUGAUCUCACUGUGGAUUCUUUAGAUGUCCAUGCUGGAAGACAAACCUUUCAUCGCUUUGACAAGUUCAAUUCAAAGUAUAAUCCCAUGGGUGCCAGUGAACUACGAGAGAUCUUCCUGAAGACAGACAACUAUAUCAAUGGGGAGUACUUUGCUCGGAUCAUAAAGGAGGUGGCUGCUGACUUGGAAGAGAGUAAGUAUCAGCAUGCAGAGCCACGUUUGUCCAUCUAUGGACGCUCUCCCGAUGAGUGGGACAGUCUGGCAAAGUGGUUCAUUCACCACAAACUCCACUCACCAAAUAUGAGGUGGAUGAUUCAAAUUCCCAGAAUAUAUGAUAUUUUCAAGGCAAAGAAACUGGUACCCAAUUUUGCCAAGAUUCUGGAGAACAUAUUCCUUCCUCUCUUCAAGGCAUCUGUGAAUCCACAGGAGCACAAAGAGCUUCAUGUUUUCCUCAAAUAUGUUUCGGGCUUCGACAGCGUAGAUGAUGAGUCCAAACACAGCAACCACAUGUUCUCUUACAUGAGCCCAAAACCAGAACAGUGGACCACACAUGACAACCCUCCUUACAGCUACUACAUCUUCUACAUGUAUGCCAACAUCAUGGUGCUCAACAAUCUGAGGAAAGAGCGUGGGCUGAAUACCUUCCAGUUUCGUCCCCACUGUGGAGAAGCAGGAUCUAUCACCCAUCUGGUCUCCGCCUUUCUGACUGCAGACAACAUUUCACACGGACUGAACCUGAAAAAGAGUCCUGUGCUGCAGUAUCUGUACUACCUGGCCCAGGUACCCAUUGCCAUGUCUCCCCUCAGCAACAACAGCCUGUUCCUGGAAUACUCCAAAAACCCACUUAGAGAGUUCCUACACAAAGGUCUGUGUGUGUCACUGUCCACGGAUGAUCCCAUGCAGUUCCACUACACCAAGGAACCUUUGAUGGAAGAGUAUGCUAUAGCAGCUCAGCUGUGGAAGCUCAGCACCUGUGAUGUCUGUGAGAUAGCCAGAAACAGUGUGCUGCAGAGUGGACUAAGCCACCAGGAGAAGCAGCAGUUUUUAGGAGUGAACUACCUAAAAGGUGGACAUGAAGGCAAUGACAUCCGUGGGACCAAUGUGGCCCAGAUCCGUAUGGCCUACAGACACGAGACGCUGUGCAAUGAACUCAGCUUCAUAGCCGAUGCAGUGAAGUCUGAAGCUAUGAAUUCCUAUCAGGACUAAAAGAAACUUCAGACAGAGGAAAAACUUCCGCUAUACUCUAUCAUUGUUUUUUGAAAUAAGCGGAUGGCUCUGAUGGUUAAUGUAAAGAUGAAUUGCAACACAACACCUAUAGGGUAUCUAAUUGAGAGGUUGAUUCAUGCUUUCUAUUACCUUAACCUAAUUCUAUACCUUUUAGUAGCCCUUUGCACUGAAUACAAGAAAUGAGAAGAGCUGAGACAACAAAGAUGGAUUAUAUGCAACAUUUCUUCUGUCUUCU